AUGAAUCAAGGUUCCCAGUCACCUCACCUUCCUCCACCCUCAAAUCCUUCUCAUGUUCGUCCUACUCUGCAAACUUAUGGCAUGCCAGAAGCUUCUAAUUUGGCUUCAAGCCUUCCCGAUUGUUCCUAUUUCAUUUCACCACCUUCUCUUGGAGUUCAGAAGGAUCAGGUGCAUGCUACAUCGUGUCACUCAUACUCUCAUUCAUCUUUACCUCUCACUCACCCUUCUCUUCCUCUUUACCCAACUUCUCUUAACUCUCCAAUGCCCCUCAAUUUUAAUCCACAUUCUUCGGCUUCCUAUAAUGAUUGCCUCUCUCCACCUCCAUCCUCUCUUCCUCCUCCCUGUUUUCAAACAUCGACAUUAGUUCCAUAUCCUUUCACGCCACUCCAAAAUUGUGUUUCGAGGCCCACUCUUCCACCAGUCACCACACCGUUUAUACCAUAUAGACAAUCUCGGCCUUAG